AGAGAUACCUGAAGCCUCUCAGACCGAGGAACCCAUUACCACUGGAUCGUUGUUGAUUGAUUAUUUUUACAGUUCUCUUCUCAUAAGCCAAACAGAAAAUGGGCCAGGGCCCGUCAAUACCUCCGGAACAGCGACUUGCUCAGCUUGAAGUGUUUUCAGAAGAACUGUUUGCUUCAAGCCAAUGGCAGGGUAUUGGAAUUGACAGCUCCCUGCUAAGUUACUCUGGACUCAACUCAAAUGAUGUGCUGGUCAGAUACCGUGACCAAGUCUUCGAUGUUCCAAGUGCUGUGGAGAAGCUGGGUGCUGCAUUCGCUGGGUUCACAACGGUGCCCAACGCUGUGGGACUCGGUGCUCUCAUAAUUUCCAUGAUCUUAGAGUCAGUCGGGAAAAGCAUGGGGAAAAAAACCAUGGGCACGGCUGAAAUGUUGCAGAGGGUGUUUGCAGACGAGAAGGCCAAAGAGGUCCGAGACCUGAUGGACGAGUAUUUGAAGCGUCUGCAGAUCAACUUGGGGAACCCACUGCUCCAACUAGAUGAGAUCCGGCUAAUAGAGCUCUAUCUCAGUGCAAAGCUAACGCGGCUAAAGAACUCCAUGCUGGUCGAUGGACAGAUGAACUCUAGGCUUCUGAAGCAGUGGGUGAACGGCGCUGCGUUUCACACCCAGAUGUUGAUCCAUCAGGCUCGUCUGGAGGAGGCCAACGGGUCGAGAGCGGUGUCAGCAGCGGGCUUUUAUCAGCAACAGCUCAACGUUAUUAUGGACAGAUACAAGAAGUACCUGAAUGGAAUUACAAGUAUAAAAUCAUAUUGGAUCGCAUAUGGACGACCAUCGUGUGAUCUGGAUUUCAAAGAGGGGCCGGUGUCUGGUUAUAUAUGGUGCUAUAUGGACAAUUUCUUCUGUGUCACCGGAACUGAACUGGUUGAGCAUUUGUUUUCGAAACAGCAGAUUUCUUGGACAAAGAGUUAUUUCUCAGACUUAGCAGCCAAUAUUCCGGCUCUGGUGAGACAACAUGACAACUUUCAAAUCGGAAACCGACAUUGAAGCUCUUUGUUUGUAAAGCCAUGAGACCAACAUCAAACCAAACUUUACUCUUAAACUCAAAAAGGCAAAUAUUUUAAACUGGACACACAACAGAUGUCCAGACUAAGAGAUUGCAACAACUAUUGCUAUGAAAUUUGGUUUAUCCAUCCAUGGUGACCAUAGGAUGAAUCCUGAUGACCCUUAAUGUUUCUCCUAUUAAGUGAAAUUAUCAAGUCCACAUUUAUAAUUUGCCCAAUAAUUUGGUUUAUGUUAAAAAAACUGCAAAACUAAACAUUCCCAUAAUCCUCA